AUGGAACACUACACAUUGCUUGUUACUGCUGGCCCGGGCUACGAUGUCAAGGACCAUGUCCAGGUAGCCGUCAACGACCCUAAGCCCAUUCGCAUAUCGAGUGACCUUGCCGAUAUCGACCUCAAUGUGCGUAUCAAGGAUUACAACGGACUUCCAAAAGGGUCACCUUCUACAUCGCCUUAUUUCGAAAGCGGGCCUCACGCCGACAACAAUGACCAGUACAGCCUCUGUUUUCGCUUCACGCCCAAAGCGCCGCAGUCGCCUGCCAAGGCCACAAAAGGGGAACAGGAUCCGGCCCUGCAUGCAGAAGCUGGAAUCUCGGGCUUUGAUUUGCAGUUUGGCAACGACUUUGACCGGCCUGUGCGUGAUUGGCUCCCACCCGGGUUUAAUGCCGCCAUGCGCAUUGUUCGCUGGUGGAUCGACCCGGGACUCGAGGGCGACGCCUACGCCGAUAAUCCUCACCUAUACGGCCCGGUCCUCAGUUCCGUCAAUGUCCUGAAUGUCGGUCUGGGAGAUUUCGACGAGAGCAAGGGCGGCCUCUUGGCCGAAGAAGGUGGCGAUACCGAGCCUCGUAAGGCCAUCGGUAUGCCCGAAGAUAGCCAGGCUCGCAUGAAGUGGGCAUUGAACGACGACGUCAAGAAACAAUGGGUGUUCAAGUAUGGUGACACGUACACCAUCGACUUUUUCAACCCAUAUUUGGACUUCUCCACCUUUUCCCUACGACUCCCGGGAUUCAGUUUACCCCUUCUGAGUUAUUUGAAAAGCCGGGGUGUACGACGCAUUCCGUACACUCUCAGAUAUGUAUUGCGCAAUCGGGCCACCGGGGACGUCUAUCUGGCCAUAUGCUUUUCACUGCAUCUUUCCGAGGACGUUGCCGAGGAUGGCACCAUCGAAGAAACAAUUGACUCGGAUGAGGAUACACAAGACGAUCAUGCAAAGACAGUCACAGAUGCGGGGUCCGAACAGGAAACGGCUGCGCCCGCAGAGACGAGCGCUGAUGAUGUAGACUAG